AUGACUUCUGCAAACGUCUUCGAUCUCUACAGCACUCAGGAGGAAGAAGAAGUUCCCUUGGUCCGAAAGAAGAGAUUGACCUUGAAACAUGACGGGGAGCCCAGUCAGAUGCCUUCGGCCAAGAAGAACCGAGCCACCGAUCCUUCAAAGGAUGGGCCCUCUGGUCAAACACCUGCCCAACCUCCUGCUCCUCACGAGCAGGAAAUUCCACCUCCACCUGCUCCUGCUGCCACGACUCCUUCACCUCCAGCCCCUUCUGAACCCAACAAGCUGAGGGCAAUGCUGACCAUGACGGCUGCUCGCGCCCGCACGAGUGCAAGUGUCGAGCAGUCCCGUGCUAGGGAGUCGAAGCUAAUGGAGGAGCUUCAAGCUGCGGAGGCAAGGCACGCGGGAGAGCUGAAGGUGGUGACCCAGCAGAAGGAUUCUUUGGCUGCGGACCUGGUGGAAAAAUAG